GUAGCGUAAACAGCGCAAUCGGUAGAACGUCGAUAGGAGGCCACAGUCGUCUGUCAGCCGAAAAGAGCGAGUCUGGGGCCAAAACAAGAGUAACUGUUUUCGAUUUUCACCCCACGGUUGUCGUAUUUUUUCGGAGUUAACCCACUGAGACGAUACCCCAGUAUGAAAUUACAACAGUAGUGGGAUCCAGGUGAGCUGAGCUGUGGGAGCGGACGUUGCUCCCCCUUUCCCCCUGCACUCCCCUGUCCCCUGCCCCCCUGGACGGAUCAGACAUGACCACAGGGGAGUGUUGCCACCUCCCAGGUUCGCUGUGCGACUGCACUGGCAACGCUGCCCUGUCCAAAACUGUGGAGGAGUCGGACAAUCGCCGGGCGCAGUAUGUCACCCAGGUCACGGCCAAAGAUGGACGCCUGCUGUCGACAGUCAUCAAAGCCCUGGGCACACAGAGUGAUGGGCCAAUUUGUCGGAUCUGCCACGAGGGGGGCAACAGCGAAGGUCUCCUUUCGCCGUGUGAUUGCACGGGGACUCUGGGCACAGUGCACAAGAGCUGCCUAGAGAAGUGGCUGUCCUCCUCAAACACUAGCUAUUGCGAGCUGUGCCACACAGAGUUCACCAUUGAGCGCAGGCCCAGGCCCCUCACAGAGGUAACAAAGUGGCUCAGGGAUCCAGGGCCGAGGAAUGAGAAGCGCACCCUCUUCUGUGACAUGGUGUGUUUCCUUUUCAUAACACCCCUGGCAGCCAUCUCUGGGUGGCUGUGUCUGCGGGGGGCUCAGGACCACCUGCACUUUAACAGCCGCCUGGAGGCAGUGGGCCUCAUCGCGCUCACCAUCGCUCUCUUUACCAUCUAUGUCCUCUGGACUCUGGUGUCAUUCCGCUACCACUGUCAGUUGUACUCAGAGUGGAGACGAACCAAUCAGAAAGUGCGCCUGCUCAUUCCAGACGCCAAGGGUGCCCACUCUACCCAGCAUUCCUUGCUCUCCACCAAGCUGCUGAAAAAGUCAGCAGAUGAGACCAUAGUAUGAGAUCCAUGGUUUUUCCUGGGGGGGUGGUGGGGGACACGAUAAAGCAUUGUUAUUAGCGUGCUAAAAGGUUCUUGAUGCACCAUGUCAUCAGCGAGAGCUGCAGCACUUUUGGAUGCAUUCUUUUCUAUUUAAUCCUUUUUAUCUAAAUAUGUGAGCACUUCUUUUUUCCCCACCAAUCUCUUUUUAUUGUGUGUGGGUUUUUCCUCUUUUUUGAGCUUCUGUAAGUUUUAUGGUUUAGGAAUGAUUCUAUUUAUUUGCUUACUCAUAGGAAGGCCCCAUACUAAGCUUUAUGUUUAAGAUUGUCGGAAAUCUAAGGCGUGAGAAUAGGAGAUUGUGUAACGUGUUGAGAGAGACAUAUUCAGGAAAGCAGGAACAGCUGCUGAAGCUUAGAACCAAACUCCUCUUUUGGACAGUAAUAGUUUUUUUUCCGUUUUUAAACCAUUUUGCAUCUUGAUCGGACAAAAAUUGGUCAAGGCCAGUUUUUGAGCGAUUUAGCCCUUGUGGUUCUCAGUGACAUGAUUGAUGUAUAUUACGAGAGCUCAAAGCUUUGUUUCUUGUGCGUAAGCCCGUUUAGUGAUUUUUGAACUGUUACAGGAUGACAGGGCCCAGUUUGGCCUGCCAGUGGAAUGGGCUAUAAUGGAGUGAGGUGCAAGCACUGGACCUCUUAAACAUACUCCUACAGUGUAGAAAAAGAAGAUAGACCAUAAUAGGAGUGUGCAAUAAGACACUGUCCUCUGACCUUUGAGGCACUGUACGGCCUCUGACAUGCACAGUUUUGCAUGCAUGCAUACUCCUCUUUUCUUUUUUCUUUUUGUUAAAAGUCUCAUGAAAUUAGUGACUGUUAAAGUUGCUAUCUCAGAUUUCAUCUGUGGAUCAGCAUAGGCUACAUUUUCACACCUGUUAAAACCAAGCUCUCCAAAAUGAGUAAAAACGGCAUGCAGUGGUCCUACAGUGGUAGCACUUAAUGACUUAAAACAAUGACUUUAAGUAGCCUAGAUGUGAGCUGAUCAAAUGUAGAUAUGUGUAUGCAUUCAGGAUUCAUUGGGAAGCAUUACUUUAACUUUGUAAAAUUGAAAGUGGCGAACACGCAUUACGACUUCAUUAUUGUGAUGGAUUGUCGUUCAGAUGACUCUUAGUUUUGAAUAUGUUCCAGCUACCAAUGGCUGAUAAGACUGUGGCUGUGUGAAAGGGAAGAAUGUGUGUGCGCAUUCACAUAUGCGUAUGUAUGCAUAUACACGUUUUUUGUAUUAAGGUCUGUAUUUUUGUGCUGUUUAAUCAUUUCUGGUGAGUAUAAAUGGCAGAGAUGUGUGGUGGCAUAUUUUAUGGUUUUGUAGCAGUUUUACAUUGUUUAUAUGCAGUUUUUUGUGGGACAUUUGUCUGAUAACAGGGGAACAAUUGGAUUUUCAUGCAUAUACAGCACUCCAGUAUGAAGCAAACAAGUUGGUCAUCAAGAUUUCUCCAUGUUACGUGUUACAAGAAUGAUGUGCAAAGCACCUCUAACCAUCAGAGCUAACUUUAAAGAGAAACCUGACAUGUAUAGCCCUCUGAAGUCGUCAUUCUGUAGUCGGCAUGCCCAUAAUAGGAACACCAGUUGUAAGCUGGCUUUCACUGUGAGAAAGAUAAAUGGUGUUUUUGAAAACUGCUGCUAUUGCACCUUAUGGAAAACUUAAACUUUCCAAAGCCAAGAUGUUUUGCUGUAUGUAUAUCUUUCUGAUAAAUGUUCCCAAAUCCUCUGCAUAACUAGAUUGUUAAGGAGCUGGAAUGCGAAUUUGGCUACAUGCAAGUUAACACUCCUGCACAAAGAACUGUUAUCAUAAGACUGGCCAUCUCAGCAAAAUAAAAAUAAUGAUAGAACAAAUAAAGUUAUACGUAUAUGCAUAUACGCAUAGAGACCCGUGCACACAUUCCACAUUUUUGUACCAAAAAUACUAUAGUCUGCUGUAGUUAUCUGUCAAUCAUAACUAGUAAUAUUGCUUUACUGUGCGGAAGAAAGGGAGAGCCGGGGCCCCCCCCCAAAGGGCUCCCCCCACCAACCACCCCCCUCUCCUCCUGCUACUUUCAUCCAGGUCCAGGGAGGCGGUAGGGCAGAGAAAAAAAAAAGGGGGGAGGACAGCAUAUCUUCACGCAAAAAAAAACAAAAACAAACAACGCAAUGAGUUUCGGUGGUUAUUGCCUUCUAAGUAAAAAGCAAACAGAACUCAGCUAUGCACUUUAACUCUUUCAAAUAGUGAUAAAGUAUCAUACUAUACUUAUUUUCAUGUCACAUCAUUUUAGUGUACAGGGGUAUUAGCUUGCUUGUGGCAUGUUUGUAGCAUUACUCAUAUUUUGACUACUAAACAAUCUCAUAAUUUACAGAAUACAGCGAUAUGUGUGGGAAAAUAUAUGUAGAACACAACGUAUCAGGUUUUGGAACAUUUUUCUUAACCACAACAUACGAUAGCAUAGUAUUUUGAAAAUGCCAUUCAUUUUUCUAAUAGAGAAAACCCACUUAGACCCAGCUCAGAGUUCCUAAUAUGGCUGUGGUGCUGACCACAGACUGGCACACGACUUCGGAGGUCUGUUGUUUUAAAUGCAUAUUGUAUCUAGAAUGAUAGGCCCUCCUCCUAAUGAAGACCUCCUGACCAAAGCAAGGCCUAUAUGCAGUUCUUGAGGGACCAUGUCUUAUCAACGUACUCUUCAGUCCCUGUUCUGAAAGCUGGGUAUCUUGGUCAGAUUGAAAAUGUCUCACUGAUGUCUGCUGUCCCUUACCCAGAGAUGGACUGUAUUCAUGGAGGUCCAGAUACACUCUGUCCGAGAAUUAACACUAAAGUUUUGGACAUGCUUUGUAAAUUUGUAGAUAUGUCUCAUGUCUGUUUAAGGCACUCAAGAAGCAAAGUUUGCUCACAGUCCAGGUGUGUAUGUGUAAUUCUGUGCGUGGCUGUGUUAAGGGAUCGGGGCUGUGAAUGUUCAAAUGACUGACCGACUGCUGCACUCGGCUAAUUUACAGGGCCAGCCCAACCUUUGGCCCCUGACCAGUCUAAGCAGUCGACCCUUGUUAAGUGUAAUGUUGACCUUCAACAGUGCCACAUUCAGUACUGUGCAAAAGUCAGAAACUACCCUUCAUUUGUUUAAUUUGCAGUCAAAAUGGCCAAUAUUCAGUUCGUUUUGGCUUUUUUUCUUCUAGUAUUGGGGGGGGGCAUUUUUUAAUGAACAGAAAAGAAACCUCAACAAAGAAAUGUAAGAUUUUUUUCUGUAUUUACUGUGUCUACUUUUUUUUACACUAUUACAGUUUCCAUUCUUUUCAGGAGACGUGCUUUUUAGUUUCAGGGAUAUUUUUUCAUACCUUUAAAGUUCAGUCCUAGAAGUUGGUUGCAUUUUCUACUUUUCUCCAUCCAAAACACUUUCAGACUUUGCAAACUUUUAGUCCAUCUCCUUUUCUCAGUAACAGCUUCUUGACAGCUACAUGUCCUUUCGGACCCAUAUCGCUGAGUCGUUUUCUCACAGUGGACGGAAAGUUGAGCUCGGUUUUCUCCUCGCUCUCAAAGAUUAAAGCUUUAAGUGCUGUUUGUCUGAUGUUGACUGUUUUGGUGGUGUACCAGGCCCUGCACAGUGUUUAGACUAAUUUACCUUUCCCUUUCCUUGUGCAAGUGGACAAUCUAAUCUAACCUCCUCAGAAAUCUCUUCUGAAUAAUGAAUAACUUAUACUUAAUGAGUGUUUUGCCCAGGAGUUAAGAAAACUAAGGUUGGCCUCUGACUUUUGCACAUUACUGAAUGAAUGAGUUCAAAACAAACAUAAAAAAGGUGCUUCUGUAGGUGGAGUAAAAAAACAUGGACGAACCUCUAGUCUAUAUCAUAAACCUACCAUAGUGCUGUUUGCACUGCUCACCACCUCUGUGUUAAUGGGGUGAAAGUCACCACAGAGAUUUCUUGCAAAUUAUUGUUUACUUCUUUCAAGUGUCACUCAACACUCUAAAUGAAUCGUCUUUUGGACAGCGGUUUGUUUUGGAACGCGUGUGCAAUAGAUUUAAUAGAAGCUUAUAACAUUAAUUGUAAUUUUUGUUUUAAUUUUUUUUUGGGGAAGGAAAAAAUGUUGGCGAAAACUCCUCUCUGUAUUAUUAUAAUCAUUACUGUCGUGUGUCGCAGGACCGAGUAGCUUUGGGAAGAAUUUGCACUUUUGUGCUGAUCAUGGAAGCCCAACUUUUACCAUCAUGAAAAACUGCAAAACUGGUCUCAGAUCAGCAACUAAGCGCAUUUUCACCAGCUGACUGCUGCUCUUAGUAACACUGUCUUUUCUUGUGUGCUUCCAUCUAAUAUGUUUGCCUUUUUUUCUUUCUGGGCCAUUUUCUGUUUAUUUUGCAAUGUGGGGUGAUUUAAAAAAAAAAGCUAGAGUGCAAUUUCAAUAAUAUUACAAUGCAAUUCUUACCUAUAACCUUAACAGUACAUGUAAGAUUAUUACUACUAUAUAGAUGUAGAAUAUGAAGGAUUGUAGGACUACAUUCACACAAGAGGAGGAAAACAGUGUUGGAUUUUUUUUAAUACUUGUAAGCGGACGCCCAAGAGUUCCCUCCACUAUGCAAACCUGCAAGUAUACUUAAGCAGUUGAGAGGGUACUGCUUUUACUCUAGUGUUAAAACAGCUGACCCAAUCUGUUCUUUUACUGAGAAACAUGCAUGCUCUUUAUUGUAUUAUUAUUUUUUAGCCAUAUUGCACUUUCACUGAUUAGUGACUGGAAAAUGGUUUGCCUUUUCCAUAUUACACAUUUCAGAGGGUUUAAAAUAAACCCUGAUUGAUAUUCUAUCCAUCUCUGUAUUUGGAGAACUGGUCCACUUUUGUUGCAUUAAAAAAAAAUCAUGUUUAAGACCAAUCACGUUUCUUUUGUUUGUUUCUAUAAGACGAAAGUAAGCAGUUGUAAACAUUGUACACAGUUUGUUUUAUUUCUUCAUGUUGUCAUUGUGUUUUAAUGUAUUCAUACUGUAUGUAUCAUUUGCAAUGUAUGUCUUCAUUUAUUCAUUUAGCACCGGAUUUUUAUCGCUCAAACCCAUUUUUGAGAUACUGUAUGUUUAUGUAGUGCAGUGGAUAAAGAACGGUGUGUCUGUAUCGUCCUCACCAAAAUAUGUUGGUGCUUGCAAUCAGCCAAGAAAAGUGUGCAAAGCAAAUUAAAAAUGAUGCUCUGGAUCUGUUAA